CGUCACUUUUAUUUAUGAACUCUUCUUUCUCUCAUCAUAGUCUUAACUCUCUCCUUCUCUCUCAACAUUGGAUUGUAUCUUUAGCUUUGGUCCUGAGAAAAGCUUGCUUUUGUAAUUCAUCAUGAGAAUGCUUCUUGGUCUCUUGUUACUCUUGGCCUUAACCGGUAACUCACGUGCAACUUACUGUCUAUGCAAAGAUGGAGUUGCAGAGAAAGAUCUUCAAACGUCCAUAGACUAUGCAUGUGGAGUUUUAGGAGACUGUAAUCAAAUCCAUGAGAAAGGUCCUUGUUACCAACCAAUCAAUGUCAAGGGCCAUUGUGAUUGGGCAGUGAAUAGCUAUUUCCAAAGAGCCGGUCAAGUUCCUGGAAGCUGUAAUUUCUCAGGAACUGCUACUACCAGUCCAAAUCCUCCUUCAACUGUGGUUACUGGUUGCAUCUAUCCUUCAAGUCCUGGAAAUGCAGGGACAGGAGCUCCAGGGACACCGACCUUUCCAGGACCUCCUGCGUUUGGUCCGACCGGAGGUUUUGAUCCUUCAGGGAAUGAUGCUUUGAGUUUGAUCACUUCAAUAGCACUCACACUUGGUUUCUCCGUCAUUGUGUUUCUAUAAAAGGGCAUUAGUAUGACUAGAAAGUGGGGUUUUUAAGGAUUUAGAUCUACGGAUGAAGUUUUGCCACGUAUGAAUGCAAGUUCUUUGAGGCAGACAUCCAGGGUUGCUUUUCUUUAUGUUAGGCUUUUUCUAAUUUCUGUUUGUUUCUUUCUUUCAUGUAUGCAAUGCAAUGUAAGUAAGAGUUAAUAGAAUCUUUCUUUUUAAGUGUUA